UCCGUCACGCCCUCUCCUGCCGACCGUCAACACAGACGUUGUCGCCGUCCGCAGACAGGCAGCACGGUUCUCUUUGGCGUUUUUUUUCUAAAAUAAACGGGACAGUCUUUACUCUCCGGCCUGACGCGACCGACGCAGGAUUUUGUUACGAACAUGGUCUGUGGCGGCUUCACCUGCUCCAAAAAUGCCCUCUGUUCCCUGAAUGUGGUUUAUAUGCUGGUGGGGCUGCUGCUGAUCGGAGUAGCAGCAUGGGGGAAGGGUUUCGGCUUGGUGUCGAGCAUCCACAUCAUCGGAGGGGUCAUCGCUGUGGGCUUCUUCCUGCUGCUCAUCGCCAUUGUGGGACUCAUCGGAGCAAUCCACCACCACCAAGUGAUGCUUUUCUUCUACAUGGUGAUUCUCUUCAUCGUCUUCCUCUUCCAAUUUGGAGUUUCCUGUUCUUGCUUGGCGAUGAACCGCGGGCAGCAGGAAGCUCUUCUGAACUCUACGUGGGGAAUGUUGGAAAACAAGACUAAGACGGAUCUGGAGAGUCAGCUCAACUGCUGCGGGCUGCUAAAUGUGACAGAGAGUCGCGUACAGUUUGAACAGGAUUUGAAAAACUGCCCAGCUUUAUGCAAAAACAAUAGUACCUGUUACUCCUGUGGGGAUAAGAUGCUGAAUCAUGCAACGGAGGCUCUGAAGAUCCUUGGGGGCGUCGGGCUCUUCUUCAGCUUCACAGAGAUCCUCGGAGUGUGGCUCGCCGUGCGCUACAGAAACCAGAAGGAUCCGCGAGCGAACCCAAGUGCUUUCCUAUAGUCUGUCCCCAGUGUAGUGUUCCAGACUCACUGGCACACACACAACAGUGCACACCUUGAGGCCGACACUCAGGCAUAUGAUACAGAUUCACACCAUCCACCACAACAACAACAACAACAAGAGAAUGAACGAGUGCACGCUGCACCUGACAAAUACUCACACGUUCACCUGAGAUUGAGAGGAACCCGUUCCCUGUCCAGAAUUUAAAAAAACAAACAAAUUGGCCAGAGCUGAAGCUUAAAAGACCUGUAUACUCGUGUAUGAAAGGAUGACUUGUAAUACCAAGUUGUGCGACUCGUUUGGUAUCACGACCCAGCCUCGAUUCGAGUAGCAGACUUCCUGUUUGCGGCCCAGCCAGGUUCCAAAUAUUUAUCGAGCUCUGCAUGUUGUCGUACGCCCGCACAGUCAAACGUCAUUGACCUCAUUACACACACACACACACACACACACCAACCAAGUGACUGUGCGUUGUCCAACACAUAAACUCGUAUGCACCUUGAAAAUGUUUUCCUCGUCUCUAAUGUAGUGGCCACCACUUAAACAUCACGUGUGCUCCUGGUCAGUCGUGUCAGUGACGUGUAGAACUCAGAACUCGAGACAUGUUCAGUGUGACGAGGAGGUCGGCAGAGAGGACACAUACUGGACGUGUGGUGUGAAGUAUUUUUUUUUCUCUUUUAAAACGUACGUGGGUGUGUUUUUUCCAGAUGCCACACAUUUGAACAGGUUUAGGGCGUAAGAAUAGUUUUUAGCUCAUGUAGUUUCUAGUCAUUCUGGUUCUCAUAUUUAUGAACUGUAACUGAGCCGACUAACUUUUAACAGUCAAGAGAUAUUAGGAUGCCGACGGACUGCAGCCUUGUCGUUUGUACAUUAUCUUUAACUACUGUAGUUCAUAGAGAUCCUCCUCGGUGGGUUUUGCCGUGUGUCCAUCGCCCCUCUAGCUCUGAGGUUCGCCUGCAUAGUUGAGGUCUUUGAAGGCCACGAUAAUUCACCCUUCCUGUAUUUAAUAUGUUCAUUUGUGAUGUUGCUUAGAAUAGAUUCUGGUUGUUUAAAAAAAGUGCAUUCAGGUACGCGUCAUUUUCUCCUGUGUAACUGGAAGAAAUCACAAAAGAAAAGAAGUAAUAUGUGAGUUUGAUUUCAAAUAACUGGGUGAAUUUGGCCAAAACUGCUUAUUGCAAAACAUAUUCCAGUUUUUAUGUAAAUUGUGAAAAUUCUUCUCCUUUUUUAAUAUUUGAAACUAUUAUACUUUUGUGGAUUUAUUUCGCCGACAUAAUUGUGUCCUCUGUUGCUUAUCAGCUCUUUUCCGUUCAUCAGUGUUAAAAUGCUUUGUAAAGACGUGUUAAAUAUUUUCAGGAUCUAUUUAAAUUAAGUUUGAUGAUAAGUUUGAGUUAUGUUGUAGUUUUGAUGAUAUCAUUUUGAAUGCCUCGCUUGAUGUUUCCCUGUUGAUAAAUCACUGCUCAUUAAUUCUUUCUUCAUUAUGUUUUUUUCUUUCUCUCUUUCGAGUCAGUUUUUACUUAAAGGAACUAACACAAACUGUAAUUUACUUGUCUUACUUGAACCUGUCAACUUCGCUGAUGUGGAUUUUCCUGCUGCUGGUUUUUGGAGUUAUCGCUGGUGGGUGUAAACGAGCAUUUUGACAGAUCUUAAACAUUAAAGCAUUGUGUCAUGUAACACACCUCACUUUGAAUUUGUGUGCACUUGUUCUUGAAAUGUAUCUUGAAUUUUUGAGACUUAAUUUUUCCAAAUAAUAAAACCUCAAAUUGGGAACCGUU